AUGGCGCCUGAGCUUCCAGACCCCACCAGCGACCUGCACUGGGGUGCCUUCCGGGGUGCCAUUCAGGACAUCUUUUCCGAGAAUGCCAAGAAGCACCCUGACAGGCUCUGCGUGGUUGAGACGGGACCUCCGAGAAGAGAGUUCACGUACCGUCAAAUUGAUGAGGCAUCAAAUGUUGUCGCAAACCACUUGGUGGCCUCCGGCAUUCAGCGAGGCGAUGUUGUCAUGAGUUAUUCGCAUCGCGGUGUUGACCUCGUCAUCGCCAUCUUCGGUAUCCUCAAGGCGGGAGCCACCUUCAGCGUCAUCGACCCUUCGUAUCCUCCCGACCGUCAAAACGUUUACCUUGACGUUGCGCGGCCACGAGCUCUGGUCGUUAUCAAGAAGGCGACUGAGGAGGCCGGACGCUUGACCGACAAGGUUCGCUCCUUCAUCGCCGAAAACUUGGAAAUCAAGACCGAGAUCCCAGCCCUCGAGCUCAAGUCCGACGGCACCGUCUUGGGUGGUUCCAUUGACGGCAAGGGCGAUAUCUUCGAUGGCGUCGCACGGGAAAACGGUCCUAACGUGGUGGUCGGUCCCGAUUCAAACCCCACCCUUUCCUUCACUUCAGGUAGUGAAGGUAAGCCCAAGGGAGUCCUUGGCCGACACUACUCGCUGGCUUACUACUUCGACUGGAUGGCUCAGCGCUUCAACCUCUCCGAGAAUGACUCCUUCACGAUGCUCUCGGGAAUCGCUCAUGACCCAAUCCAACGCGAUGUCUUCACGCCGCUAUUCCUUGGAGCCAAGCUUCUUUGCCCCCCCAAGGACGCCAUUCAGCAUGAGAAGCUUGCUGAGUGGAUGAAGGAGCACGGUGCCACGGUAACUCACCUGACGCCGGCCAUGGGAAGCGUUCUUACCAGUAAUGCAACUGCCGAAUUCCCUGCGCUGCAUCACGCCUUCUUCGUUGGCGAUAUCUUGAUCAAGAGGGAUGCAAAGGCCCUGCAGAAGUUGGCGAGAAACUGCCACAUCGUCAACAUGUAUGGCACUACGGAGACUCAGAGAGCUGUUUCCUACUACGAGAUCCCCAGCGUUAGCGCUGAUGCUGGUUUCCUCGACCGAUUCCCAGACAACGCCAUUCCCGCUGGCAAAGGUAUGAAGGACGUCCAACUACUCGUUGUGGACCGUGAAAAUCCCCAGCGCGUGUGCUCCGUUGGGGAAGUAGGCGAGAUCUAUGUUCGCGCAGCGGGCUUAGCGGAAGGCUACCUUGCCAACGACGAGUUGAACAAGGCCAAGUUUGUCGACAACUGGUUCGUUACCGACGACAGGUGGCAGAAGCUCGACCAGGAGGCCUGUAAGAACGAGCCAUGGAGACAAUUCUACAAGGGACCGAGAGACCGCAUGUACCGCUCAGGUGACCUGGGCAAGUACACCGAGGAUGGAAAUGUCGUUUGCGUCGGCAGGGCUGAUGACCAAGUUAAGCUACGUGGGUUCAGAAUCGAACUCGGAGAGAUUGACAAGCACCUCUCGGAUCACUGGGGAGUCUUGGAGAAUCUUACCCUGGUAAGGAGAAACAAGGAUGAGGAAAAGACGUUGAUCAGCUACUACGUGCCCGACAUGAAAAGAUGGGCCGAGUGGUUAGACCAGAACGACCAGCAGGACGACACUUCUGGUGGUGACAACCUGACCGGUCGUCUUAGAAGAUUCUGGCCCUUGAGUGACGACAUCCGAAAGUUCCUCAAGACCAAGCUUCCUAACUACGCCAUUCCCGAGAUCAUCAUCCCCUUAGAGAAGUUCCCCCUGAACCCGAACGGCAAGAAGGACAAGCCCGCGCUGCCUUUCCCUGACGCUGCCCAACUUGCGGAAGCCCGCCCCAAGGCCGCAGCCGUUGACCUGACCGAGACCGAGACCAAGGUCGCCGCCAUUUGGGGUUCUUUGCUGGCCAAUGUUGACGAGCGAAGCCUCGGCCACGACGACAGCUUCUUCGAUAUCGGUGGACACAGUAUCCUGGCCCAGCAGAUGUUGUUCCAAGUCAACCGCACAUGGCCUGGUAUUAAUGUGUCCAUGGCUGUUGUUUUCCGCAGCCCAUCGCUCAAGACGUUCUCCGCAGCAAUUGAUGCCAAGCUUUCGGGUGAGGCUCCCGCGGCGAACGCUGCCAACGAUGGAGAGGACUACUUCGAAGACGCGAAGAAGCUGGUGGCGACUUUGCCAGAGAAGUUUACGCCGUUCGACAAGAAGGCUACCGAAGUCAAGACCGUCUUCCUCACCGGAGCCACUGGCUUCUUGGGCGCAUAUAUCCUUCGGGACCUCCUUACCCGCAACUCCCCUAGCGUCAGGGUCAUUGCCCACGUCCGCGCCGUCGAUGACUCUGAUGCUUACACCAGAGUUGUCAAGAGUUGCCAAGCCUACGGUGUCUGGCAGCCUAGCUGGAAGAACUACCUCACAGCCGUCCAGGGGAGCUUGGGCAAGCCUAUGCUCGGCAUGACUCAGGAGCGCUGGGACUCCGUCGCCAGCGAGGCCGACAUUAUUAUUCACAAUGCUGCCAUGGUCCAUUGGGUCAAGAGCUACUCGAACCUCAAGCCCGCCAACGUCCAGGGAACUCUUGACAUCCUGUCGCUCUGCGCCACCGGCAAGCCCAAGCAGCUCGCCUUCGUCUCGUCAACCUCUGUCCUGGAUCACCCCCACUUCGUCAAGCUGUCCCAGGGCGGCAGCCUCGUCAGCGAAGAGGACGAUCUUUCUGGCUCCUCCAAGGGCCUCGGAAACGGCUACGGUUCGACCAAGUGGGUUGCCGAGUAUCUCGUCCGCAACGCUGGUAAGCGUGGCUUGACGGGUACCAUUGUCAGGCCAGGCUACAUCACUGGUGAGCAAGUCACAGGCACUAGCAACACGGACGACUUCUUGCUCCGCAUGCUCAAGGGCUGCAUUCAGCUCAACGCCCGCCCCAAGAUCGAGAACACGGUCAACAUGGUACCGGUUGACCACGUCGCCCGCCUCGUCGUCGCCUCGGCGCUGCACCCGCCCCGCCAGCCGCUUGGUGUCGCUCAGGUCACCAGCCACCCCAGACUGACACUUUCGUCGUGGGUUGGUUCGCUGGAGAAGUACGGCUACAAUGUCCCUGAGGUGGAGUACCCCGCAUGGAGCAAGGCCCUGCAGGACUACGUCGCCGAGGGCAAGGAGCACGCCUUGAUGGGUCUGUACCACAUGGUCACCACUGACCUCCCCGGUGACUCCAUCGCCCCGGAGCUCGACGACGUCAAUGCCGCCGCGGCUCUCCGCUCCGACGCCGAGCUGACUGGAGAGGAUCUCUCAGCCGGAGGUGCCGUCACGGAGAAGACUAUUGGACGGUACUUGAGCUACCUCAUCGCCAUCGGUUUCCUUGAGCCGCCACCGAAGCCGGGACAGCUGGCCAUUCCCGCGGCCGAUAUCAGCCCCGAGCAGAAGGAAGCGCUCCUCAGAGUCGGAGGCCGUGGUGCUUUGGUCUAG